AUGCAAGCUGUAAAUAAUAGCCAUGUUCAGUCAACGUUAUUAACUUUACAUGAUGCUAUUACCGAUUCACCUGUCUAUCGUUCCUCUUCUUUGCAUUUUGAUGAACAACUUGACUUGCUCGAAAAAUGGUUAGAUUCAUUAUCUAAAUACAUGAAGCAAUAUGCAGAAAAGCUCAACAAAUUCAACCUGGAAACAAACACGCUCUGCAAAAAGGUUAUCCCAGUUGGUAUCGACAGUAUCAUGAUUGACCCAAAUUUCACGGGAGCUGUCAUCAAAAACUUUUCGGAUGCUUUACAGACAAGUUUGGCGUUCAAGACUAAAUUGGUUUCGGACCUUGAGGAUAACUUUAUUCAGCCGCUUCAAUCAUUUGUGAAGGUACAACUGAAGGAGUUUAAGGACUUUAAAAAGCAGUACGAAAAAUGCUUGGAAAGAUACGAAAGUCAGCUCUAUAAAUACGUCUCUCAAAGCAAGACAAAGGAAGCCUCGGCUUUACGAGAAGAGGCAUUUAGACUAUAUGAGGCAAGAAAGGCAUAUGUGCGUAUGUCCGGACAACACGUUGUUCGAUUACUUCACUUUCGUUCCCUUCUAGAACACUUUCUUGUCGAAAAGUUCACCUUGGCCACUCUAUAUCACCUCAAGGACUUUGAAGGUGGUUCAGACUCUUGGUCAAGAAUAGAAUCCAAUCUAAGUUCCUGGAAACAAUGGCUACUUGAUGAUAAAGACACAUGCAAUUAUCAAUUACAUCACUUACAGCAUAACCGAAAUGUAUUGGAGAGCGAUUAUCUGAAUAUUAUACGACCUCCUAGAGAUUUGGAUAAAUACACGAGCGCGAGCCACAGUAAUCGACAUUCAUUGGACUAUACAUCCAGCCUAGCCACAAUCAGCAGCCAAAAAUGGGGGUAUCUCUUUAUGAGAACCACCCGUAACAAUUGGAUUCGACGCUGGUUCUUUUUGUAUGAUGGAUGUUUUGGUAGUUGUUACAUCUCAAACAGUCGAUCAAAGGGAAUGGUUGCGAUUGGGGAUCGUGUGUCUGUUCUGCUCUGCGACGUCAAGCCAAUCACAGAUAUCGAUCGACGAUUUUGCUUUGAGGUCGUGUGUGCUCAGCAGCCAUCUUUUGUACUUCAGGCCGAAACAGAGGAAGAAAUGCGUGAAUGGAUCGGCGCAUUUGAAAAAUCAAAGCGACUGAUGCUACAAAACGAACAAUUGGAUUUCAACAAGACGUCUGAUAUGGCGGAUACAGCAGGUGCCAAGCCAAAAGCAACUGUGCUCAGCGAAAAAGAUGCAUCUCAUGAGAGUGAACCAGAAAAACCAUCGAUCGUGUUGUUGUCGAAUGUAUCCGAAAACGAAACGUUGUCCCAGUCAACUUCACUCACACCUCUUUUUGUUCGUGAAGCGGCUCAUUCGAAUACGGUGACUACACAAAGCAUACAUGUCGAUUCAAACCCAACGCAAUCUCCAAGCACGUCCACGACAACAGUGACAACAGUCAACGGCGCUACCAGUGUUGCCAAUAACUCUUCAUGGGGCAUUCCUUGGGCACUCGUGCCCAGCAUGUUCCAGAGCAGUAGCAAUGACGACAUCGUGGGCGAAUUACCGCCUACUUCUUCAACCACAUCUAUCUCUGAUGCAGAAGGAAAUCAGAUCGUGUGGCCCAUACGAACGGACGAUGCGGCAGUGCCAAAAGUCGACCUCGUUGGGUACUCGACGGAUCUUGAUACUUCCAACAAGGAACUCCGACAGCUGUUUGGCGGAGUGGGUCAACAAGAAGUUGUUUUAACAGCCUUUGUUGGUUUACUGAAAAAGAAGCCAAAGAAGACCAUCGAGCAGAUCCCUGAGCUUCCCAUGUCGCCCACUACGCCCAAUCCAUCUGUAGACCAGCUCGAACAAGAGCUCAAUGCCCAAUUACCAACUACAGUAAAAGAACCCGUAUCGACCUUUGGAUACUCAUAUACGGGUAAAGGAUUUAUUACCCAAGAGACAUUUUGGUUCUACAGUUGCAUGAUGAUGAACUGUGUCAACACUGUCGCAGUUCGUUUGACAGAUAUCAAAGCAGUUCGAAUCAUUCGUGAUACCUCCAUCGCCAAUGACGGCACCAACUCUAACCGUGCUCUAGUCAUUGAUCUGGCACAUACCGUAUCUGAGGAACCAUUGGUCUUUAUACCAUUGAUGGAUGACGUCGAGGUACUUCGUGAAAAACUCCAAUUUGCCAUCGAAAACGCAAAAUCAUCCAAGCCUGCGCCUCUUCAAACGACAUACGACGUUGUUCAUUCGUUAUCUGCUUCCAAGCUGAAAGGCAACAAUCAAGUCAAGACCAUCAUCCGGUCUGCUGCAGAACCUCUUCCUUCAGCAAGUUCGAGCGCCGCAUCCUUGCCAGAGCUUUCGUCUGCUACGAGCAAGUCAACAGAUACGAAAAAGAAGUCGUCAGCGCCUCGCAAGUUUUCGGCUCCUGUCAAGCCUAAAUCGGGUGCACUAGCUGCUGCCAUGAUGGCUGCUACAGUAGCAGGCGGUAGUGGGUUCUUUGAGGCACGAAAGGAGCUGCAAGAGGAGUAUCAGAGUAUCCUAAAGUCCAAGAAAUCGAAACCGGUUCUGAAUAAUGUUCCUGUAGAGGAUACGAUAACAGUAGCAGAUCAAGGCGAGAGUGUGGUUACUACCAAUGACGAAGGUGAUGAUGUUCACGCCCCACCCAAGGACUUUAAAGCGCCUACCGGCCCUGUGAGCUGUGGAUGCUCUAAUCAUUUGGAUAAGCUUGAAUCAGAGGUAGAAUUACCUGUGUCUGCCAAGCAGUUGUAUUACCUGUUAUUUGACGACGAUAAUCCAAAUUAUAUCGACAUUUGGGAAAAGAAGACGGUUGAAAAUAAAAGCAAAAAUUUGACCAUGACCAAGUGGGGCAAGGGUAUUGAUGGCAAUUACGAACGUACACUCAAGUAUAUUAUACCUGUAAAUAACGCAAUGGUGAAGUUAAAGGAAGCAGAAGCAAUCGAGAAACAAGUGAUUGAAAAGAAAGAAGAUUAUCUGUGUUAUGUUGUCAUGACAACGACAAAAACGCCACAGCUACCUUACGCAGACGCCUUUGUACCUUACUUGAAGUACUGUAUCACUUGGGUCAGCCAGGAUCGUUGUAAAUUAGCCUGUCAUACAGGUGUCAAGUUUUUAAAGAAUAUCCUUGUGAAGGGUAUUGUCAGCAAAGCUGCUAUGAAGGGCAUGUCUGAAAACCUAGAGAUAUUUGUGCCUAUCGUCCAGAGCGAAGCCAAGAAGCAGUUCCAACCUAAAGGUGCAGAAGUGGCAGACACAGUUUCUUUAAAGAGAGCAGGCACCAUCAAGAGACAGCCUUCAACAACAGUCAAUUCAGAAAAAGACAAGAAAGAAGGCUGGUAUGAGCAGUAUGUGGAUCCUGUUAUUCAGACCGUCCAUGAUACUGUUGAUAUGUUACCGUUUGCUGUAAAGGUAUCAGUAGCCGCCAUUGCCUUCAUUUGGCUCUUAUACAGUUGGCUCUUUUCCUCUUCUCGACCUAUUGAAAAAGCCAGUAGUCAGCAUCAAGUUGUAUCUCGUGCAGUAUACCUGAAAGAUAUUGAUGAGGGCUUGAUUAAUGUAGAUAUCAGAUCAGCUUUUGACGGUUCAGACAGUUUCCGAUUAUUCCUCGAAUCAAAGUCGCGUAAUAAUACAAUUCGAUACCACUGGCACAGCGCACGUCAUCGACAGUUAGCCAUCGACUUACUCUUCAGUAGAGAACGUGUUGCCAUGCUGCGGCACGACGCCUUGGUGCUUUUCCAACUUGUAAAUGAAGUGGAUACACAGUUACUUGAGAACGAGUAUAUCAAUUGGUUAUUAGACGCUCGUUUGCAAUGUCUUAUGCCUGGAGCUGACUAUGACGCACUUUAUUGUGAAGAUGUACAACGUCAGCUCACUAAAUUUCCAGUUAGAUAUAUAAAAUAA